GCCCUCUUUGAACUCAGAUGUUACUUUGUUUUCUUGUCUUGCAUCUGUUUCUCUUAUUCUCUUCAACAUUGUUUCUCUUUAGGGUGAAAAUUUCUCCACAAAAAUAAUUUACACACAUAUAUAUAGGGAAACAUCAACCUAGCUCCUCUUAAUUAGUUUGUUACAAUAAUAUGGGAAGGUCACCAUGCUGUGAGAAGACGGGGCUGAAGAAAGGACCAUGGACACCUGAGGAAGACCAAAAGCUCAUUGCUUUCAUCGAAAAGAAUGGCCAUGGAAGCUGGCGUGCAUUGCCUGCAAAAGCUGGGCUUAGAAGAUGUGGAAAGAGUUGUAGACUUAGGUGGACAAAUUACCUUAGACCUGACAUAAAACGAGGAAAGUUCAGCUUGCAGGAAGAGCAAACCAUCAUUCAACUUCAUGCCCUUCUAGGAAACAGAUGGUCAGCCAUAGCCUCUCACUUGCCAAAGAGAACAGACAACGAAAUCAAAAACUAUUGGAACACACACCUCAAGAAGAGGCUCGACAAAAUGGGCAUUGACCCCACCACCCACAAGCCCAAAAUGGAGUCCCUAGGGCACUCCAAGGACGGCUCCAACCUCAGCCACAUGGCUCAGUGGGAAAGCGCUCGCCUCGAAGCCGAAGCCAGACUCGUCCGCGAAUCCAAGCUCCAAGAACAAACCCAAACCCAAACUCUAACCCUAAUCACAACACCAACCAGACUCAUCCUCAACAAAAUCAUACCCCAACAACAACAACGACAACACUCUUUACCACCUUGCCUCGACGUCCUCAAAGCGUGGCAAGGUUCAUGGUCAAACGACAACGAUAAUAAUAACAAUAAUAAUAAAUAUUUAUCAUCAUUGUCAUCCUCACUAACACCACCAUUACUAAACGACAAGAAAGUGCAUAGCAUGUAUGCCAUGAUGCUUGCCACGGAUGACCUAGAGUCACCAACUUCCACGUUGUGCUUCCCCGAGAGUAAUGCUCACGUGCAAAUCAAUACUACCAACGUCAACAUGGUGUCGACCAACCACCACGUGGGGUUAAUGUUGAUGAAUGACGUCAACAACUAUUUACUUCCUCCAACGACCACUGUCGCUGAUUCUUCCGUGGAUGAGUUCAUCUUCGCCAAAAGUUUGGGCACGUGCGGUGCGGCUGCGUACAAACACAACGGUGCUGGUGACGAAGGGCUCGCGGAAACCGAGAAGAGUGUGUACGAUACGAUGUCGUGUUUGCAAGACCAUGACGACAUUAUGGUGGCUGUUGACGCGUUGAGAGGUGCGGGUUAUAGGAAUAAUAAUGGUGGUGAUAAUGAUAAUAGUAAUGUAUCAAUGUUUACACCUUUCUCUGGCAAUGUUAUGGUAGGUUUCAAUAACGUUAACGACGUGUCCGAAUUUGAUUCCAACGAGGACCUAGCGGCGGAAAACAUGGACGUCAUCAAUGGAGAUGGAAGCAGCUGCGGAAUGAGCUUCGAGGAGAAUAAGGAUUACUGGAAUAGUAUGCUUGGUUAUAAGUGAACAAUGUAGCCUACGAUGUUAUCAUCUUAAUUUGUUUUUGUUUUGUUUUAGUUUAUUUCAGAAUCAAAAUGGUGUGGUUAAUAAAAACUUUGUAAUCAGGGAUUAGAUUCUCAUGUCCUCGGAUAGAGAUCGGUUUCUUAUUAGAACUUUGAGAUGCUUAGUUUCAGAUCAAGAGAUAUGCUUGAGUUAGGAAAAAAAAAAGUUUAUUUCAGAUAAAUAAUUAACUAUUUUCUUUUGUCUUU